CCUGUAUACCUAACAACUAAAAUCUUUUCCUCCCAGGUUCGAGUCUCAUUGACUCGCCGCUUCGGUUACGCGGUGAUCAACAUUUAUCUGCCCUCUCUCAUCAUGGCCAUCGUGGGCUACCUCACCCUCUUCUUCGUCAAGGACAACUUCGAAGUCCGUGUUAUGACUUCGCUGACCACACUCCUUGUCUUGGCCACCAUCUCAAACCAGGUGGCUUCGUCUCUCCCGAAAUCAUCCAGCUUCAAACUCGUAGACGUGUGGCUGCUCUUUUGCAUCUUCUCCAACUUCCUCAUCAUCGUCUUCCACAUCAUUAUCGAUCUCCUCCUCCAGCCCCCAGAGAACAGUCAUCCUACCGAAGGCAAAAUCAUCCUCGUCUCCGACAAGAAGCACCCCGGCGGGGACCUCAUCAGCCACAGGAGGACAUUCCCUUCGUCGUCAUCUCCUCAGAGUGUCGGUGGGAGAUUGGGGAACAAGAUGCAGCCGAAGGAACGGGGUCACAGCCUCUUAACCUCCCUCUGGCGUUGGUGGAGACCACAGCUGACCGUCAUGGGGGCGGAAAAGUUUGCCAGAUACUCUGUGGCCGCCAUAUUCUGUAUUUUCAAUGUUUGUUAUUGGCUCAUGGCCUACACCAUCGAUUAAAUAGCCUGCUUACCUAUGUGAGUGUGUAUGUCUACUGUAAGGGUGCCUGCCUGCCUGCCUGCCUGCCUGCCUGCCUGCCUGCCUGCCUGCCUGCCUGCCUGC